AAGGACAGCAUCCCUCUUCGCUCAGGUCUCAGCUCGAAUGUGGACUUCAAGUAGCCGAGAGACAGAUCUAGAUCCUCAGUCGGCUGAUCGUCAUGUACCGCCUAAUUGUGACCUCGUGUGUUCUAACAAUGGCUUCGGGACGGAUCGUCGAGCGCUGUGAACUCGCGCAGAAGAUCGCGAAACACACUCCUUUCAAAGAUGCGUGGAACGUGAAACAAUUAGUCUGCAUCGCCGGCUAUGUCUCUGGAUUCAACACCAGCAAAGUUGUCGCUCGUCAAAACUCUCAACAGUCUGUGGGGAUAUUUCAGUUUCCUUCGAAAUAUUUUUGCUUGGAGAACUAUCCGACGCGAGGCCGUGCGGGGACUUGCCAUCGAUUGUGUUCGGCAUUCAAGGACGACAAUAUACGUGACGAUGUCGAGUGCGCCGGAAUCGCGGUGUCUCUACACGGCUUCCGUUUUUGGAGGAAUUGGUAUAACUACUGCUUCCUGAACCCAAACAUCACGAGCUACAUACGCGGAUGCGGCAUCGAUCCCUGACACCCUGGUUGUGAGGAUCCGAGGUCUCCGCGAUUCCCCCCGGCCGGGGGCGAACCACAAGGAUUGGUGUCGUCUCCGCGAAAUCUGUUUCUUAGUAGGGCAAUAGGAGUCAUGCACGAAUGUAGAAUGAAGGGAUGGAAACGUCGAAGACGAACGAUUCACGUAAGGGUGUCUGAGCCUGAUGACACUGAUAACCAUCAAUAGCUUAUCCUGCGUCUGAUGAGG